AUGCUGUCGGUGCUGGGUAAGUCGGCGUCGGGCCUGGCGAACGGGCGACAAGCCGUCGUGCUCAUCUCGAGCCAGAACUUUAGUAGCAGCGCCGUCACGACGCCCGAAAACGCUCAUCCGGAGCCACGUGUCAGCUCGCAGACAGCUCAAUUCAGAAAGGGAGGCGGUGGAAGGUUUUUCGCCUCGAAAGAUUGCCCGCAAAAAAUUUUUGCGUUUUUCAGAGCCUCGUUCUCCGGAAACGUCGUCACCGUGUUCGGAGCGUCGGGAUUCCUCGGCCUGCCCGUCGUGAACAAAUUCGCGAAAAACGGCUCGCAAAUCAUCAUCCCCUACCGCCAGGAUCCGUAUUACAUGCGAGAGCACAAGGUGCUCGGCGAGCUCGGACAAGUUUUGUACUUUCCGUUCGAGCUGAAGGACGAAGAGAGCAUCCGAAAGGUCGUCAAGUACUCGAACGUCGUCGUCAACCUGAUCGGAACUCGUGUGCCGACCAAGUGAGCGCGAAAAAAAUUUAUCUAAAAAUCAUGUUCUUCAGAAAUUACAACUACUACGACGUGCACGACACGGGCGCCCGCCGCCUCGCCAAGAUCUGCAAGGAGAUGGGCGUCGAGAAGUUUGUGCAUUUGUCCGCACUCGGAGCCACCGUCGACCCGCCGAAGGGCCAUUUCGUGGCGAAGAGCGAGUUUCUGCGCUCGAAGGGCCUCGGCGAGAUUGCGGUCCGCGAAGAGUUCCCGGAGGCGACGAUCAUCCGUCCGUCGGUGAUCUACGGAGAACUCGACGGAUUCAUCCAGUACUACGUGUCGAGAUGGCGGAAGACUCCUCUCGAUACCGUCUAUUUGUACAAGAAGGGAGAGCACACGUACAAAAUGCCGAUUUGGGUGAGGAAACAAAGAAAACGCAUGUAGAAAUGGACCUAAAACAAUUUUUUCCCAAAAUAUCAAUUUCCAACUUUCAAAGGUGUAAAAUGAGCUAAAACUUCCGGAAUUUUUAUAAAAGCCCAAAAUUGUGUCAGGUUGGAGACGUCGCGCAGGGAAUCGACCGCGUCGUCAACGAUCCGACCGCGAAGGGCCACACGUACGAAUUCGUCGGACCGCACUGCUAUCAGCUCUCCGAGCUCAUCGAUUUCAUGUACAAAAAGGCGCACUGCCUCACAGAUUUCGGAUUCCAGUAGGCCGUUUUCGAAGCGAUUCCGACCAUCUCCAGUCGUUUUUCAGCUACAAGCGCCACGGACUUCCGGAUCCGUACUUUAUCGCUCUGACGCUCGCCACCGAGCUGUACGGGAAGAUUUUCAAGUGCAAAGUUCCACUCAACCGCGAGUGGAUGGAGUACAUUGUGAGUUUUGACAUUUUUUUGCUGAAAGUCGCAUUUUCGCCGAAAAAUUAGGUCGAAUUAGGUAGUGUUCGGCUGCAGGAAUGUACGUUGACGUUGUCACUUUUGGUCGUGUGAAUCUAAAGAAAAAAUAAUUUGCGUCGAAAAUUUGAAAAAAACGGUGCUUUUGGGGUUGAUACUGAACAACGUCAACGUACUUUCUUACAGUGUCAAAUUUUUUUUCAGUUUUCUCCCCUGACGCUUCCGUUAAAAAAGAAACAGCGGAUUGUCUCAAAUCUGUAGAAAACCCCCCCAAUUUUCGUGUUGCAGGAAGUGCAAAACGACGUGCUGACGGGCGCGCGAACACUGGCGGACCUCGGAGUGCGCCGGCUGACAGAGUUCGAGUUGGCCGGCGGGCAGCAGGCGUUCUACCGAUCGUUCAACCGCUACUUCGAGGAGCAGUACGGAGAACUGCCGGCACCGUCCCUCCCGCUCCGCUCGCCGCCGCUCACCAAGAAGACGGCUUCGGCGGGCAUCCGAUCGGACACGACCAAGACUGCCGUCUUCAAUUAA